AUGGCGCUUUUAAUCAGCAGCAUCGUCUUUAUAUGGAUCACAUUGAGUGGAUAUGGCACUGAAGGUUCAAAGGAAUCUAUAGAGCAGAGUUUAAUCAAUGACUUACUGAAGGGAUAUAAUAAAGAUGCUCACCCCAUACCAGAACAGAAUAAAAGUCAGUAUAUGGUUACGUUUGGUUUGGAAUUGGUUCAGCUCGUCAACGUUGAUGACAAAAAUCAGAUCAUUACGACAAAUGUAUGGGUAAGGCAGAAAUGGAGGAAUCUUCUUUUAACCUGGGAUCCAGAAAAGUACGGAGGAAUCAAACGUGUUCGUAUUAAUCCAAGCCUGAUCUGGAUUCCUGAUAUUGUUCUCUAUAACAGUGCUGACAGUGAGUUUAGUGGUGGACUUGAAAAGUACAAGACCAGAGUCAUCAUUGAUUACGAUGGCAUCAAUGCCUGGUACAGUCCAGCCUCGUUUCGAAGCACAUGUCCAAUCGACGUCACACAUUUUCCAUUCGACAAACAGACAUGCACAAUGAAAUUUGGUUCAUGGACGUUUGAAGUUGUUGACCUUGACAUUCAUGCUGACGUGUCGCCUCUUCACUCAACCCAGUACGUAAAGAGUGCAGAAUGGGAUUUACUGGCAGCUUCUAAGAAGCGCAACGUUCAGCGCUACGCAUGUUGCGAUUAUCCAUUCUCUGAUGUUACUAUCGAGUUCGUGUUCAAACGAAAGCCUUUGUUUUAUAUCUUCAACUUGAUAGUACCGUGCAUGAUAAUUAUGUCCAUGGUCUUGUUAGGCUUUUUUCUGCCUCCAGAGUCUGGUGAGCGCAUAACACUGAGCAUAACUGUGCUGCUAGCUAUGGCGGUGUUUCUACAACUAGCGGCAGAGAAUUUGCCACGCAAUUCUGAAAAUGUUCCCGUAAUGGGAAUAUUUUACAUAACAGUCAUGAUAGAGGUCGCCAGCUCUCUCGUAGCCACUUGUUACAUCUUGCAUAUUCAUCAUCGGAAUUCUGGGACAGCCUUAGUGCCAGUUCCUGGAUGGGUUAAGGUGUACAUGCUCAACAAGCUGGGAAAAUGCUUGGGAGUGAAGAAACCUGUUACAGAGGACAAGUACGACUUAUCAGCGGAGAUGGAUUUCAAAAAGAUUUCUAUGAUGAAAAGAGAACUGAAUAAAUGUGACAAUGGCAGUAACCACAUUAGAACCAAGCUCCUACCCGAUAAACUGCAAAUCGGAACAAGAUCAACCUUAAGUUCUCCCGAAGAGUUCUGCAUGAGCUCUUCCACUAACUCUGUUGUGAGCACGUUUCAAAAGAUGGACACGCCCCAAGGCAGAAAUGAUCACAGGAACGGUGACAGCAACAGUGCUAAGACUGCGCAAGGAGUCAUGGUAAUGGUAGACAGUAUAAAACGCCGUCGGCAAAUAGAGAAGAACCAAGAAGAAUGGAGGCAUCUUGCUAUGGUCUUGGACAGACUAUUUUUCUGGAUUUUUGUCGUGAUUAUAUUGCUUUCUACCAUUAUUGUGCUAAGAAGGGGCGUCUAAAAUGCUACUAUCCAUUCACUUUGUAAAGAGAGAUCUGCUACGACUUACGUUUCUAUGCACAUAAGUAUCUUCAUAUUGAAGAAAACCGAAGACGGAUUGGCGGACCAAAUAAAGACUUUUCAAUAUGUAGUUAAUUUCACCAUCCAUGACGCACAUAGUACCUUUUGACAAGAUGUAACAAAAUGCGUGAAUGCUGUAUGCUCGAUGUAUCCCAUAAUUAUGAUCUGCACAAGUAAAACAAUUUUUGA